GAAUUACUGUAUUUUUUUGGGGUCUGGGCAUUAAGUCCUCUCUUCCUCUCUCUCUCUCUCUCAUGGACACCCUUUUUAAUAAAAAGCUCCAAAAUGUUGCUUUUUUGAUACUUGUGUUAUCAAAUAGCAUACAAUGAUCUGGUAAUUGAAAAUUUUAUAUCUUUAAUGGUAGUUUCUUGAAGAGUUUCGUUUGAUUUUGAAAUCGGGUAUUAUAUGAUUGAUUGGCUUUUGAAAAUGGAAAUGAAGUGCAAAGGAUAUAUUAAGCUUUGUUAAUUGGAUGUUUAGCUUCAUUCUUCUGUUUCUCUGUGGUAAAGACGGAAAAUGGCCAUGUAAAGGAAUAGACUUUCUGAAUAAAGCUUGAACAUUGGAGAAAAGUUGCUUUGCAGGGUAUGAAGCAUUGAAGACCCUGUGGUGAGUGAGAGGGGAAGAAAUGCCUGAAGUUUGGAUUUCUCUGAAAAGAUCUUUGGACUGCAAAUCAGAGCCAUCAGAUGUUCAUGAUCCAAAGGCCAGGAGACACUUGAGCAAAAUCUUGAGAAGAAAAGCAUGCAGGUCUGGUUGUUCAAGGUCCAUAGCCAAUCUUAAAGAUGUCAUUCAUGGAAGCAGGACACACUUAGAAAAGCCUCCAAGUUGUAGUCCUAGAUCCAUAGGGAGCAGUGAAUUCCUCAACCCAAUAACCCAUGAAGUGAUUCUGAGCAAUUCAAGGUGUGAGCUUAAAAUCUCUGGUUUGGGUGGGUUCCAAGAACGGGUUGGUGGCAGCGGUGUUGGUGGUGGUGGCGGCGGCUCAACAUUUUUGGGUACUUUAAGGCCUGGUACACCUGGCCCUGGGGGGCACCCUACAAUGCACUAUUUUAACCCUUCAUUUAGAAGCUCAACCCCUCCUUCAAGAAAGACUGCUGGUCUUUUGGAACACAGAGCAGGCUAUAGAUUUGGUGGUUGUGCUAUUUCUGGAGGUAGCAAUGGUGUAUCUUCAAAACCAAGGUGUUAUAUUGGGACAGAUAGUAAUGGUUUUUCUGCAAUCACAUGUCAUAAGUGCGGAGAGCAGUUUGGGAAAUGGGAAACUCUUGAAGCACAUCAUCUCUCCAAACAUGCUAUUACUGAACUUGUGGAGGGCGACUCGUCGAGGAAAAUUGUUGAAAUAAUUUGCCGGUCAAGUUGGCUAAAGUCUGAGAGCCAUUGUGGUCCAAUUGAGAGGGUUUUUAAAGUUCACAACAGGCAAAAAACUCUUGCUCAGUUUGAAGAAUAUAGGGAAAUGGUGAAGAUCAAGGCCAGCAAACUCCCCAAGAAACACUCUCGUUGUCUUGCAGAUGGGAAUGAACUUCUAAGGUUCUAUGGCACAACGGUGGCAUGCUCUCUCGGGAUGAAUGGAUGCUCAAGUCUCUGUGUAUCUGACAAAUGCUGUGUUUGUCGAAUUCUAAGAAAAGGGUUUUCCACUAGGAAGGAACUCAAGGGUGGCAUAGGAAUUUUUACGACUUCAACAAGUGGAAAAGCUUUUGCAUCUAUAGAGAUACAUGAAGAUGAUCCAUUCAUAAGAAAAACUUUAUUAGUCUGCAGAGUUAUUGCAGGGAGAGUCCAUCGGCCUAUGGAGAACAUACAAGAAAUGGCUGGCCAGGUGGGGUUCGAUUCAUUGGCUGGGAAAGUUGGUCUUUAUUCAAAUUUUGAAGAGCUUUAUUCGCUUAAUCCUAGAGCUCUCCUUCCUUGCUUUGUGGUAAUCUGCAAGCCCUAAGAAAAAAAAAACACUUGUUUUAUUGUUAGUGUGAAUAUUUUUGUUUAUGCUAGAGGCCUUUCCAUAAUUUUUGUUGAAGAAAUAUUGGUUCUUCUAGUCACUUGUCCAUGGCUAAAAUAUUGUGCUUGUAUCUGCGAUUCCACAAGUUUGCGUCUGUCAUUGUUUUGUGGACACCGAUCACUUAGCAUGAAUCUGUAUACUUUCUUCUUAUGAUAGAAAUGUAAUCCUCCCAGAUUCCCAAAUUAUAUACUGCAGGUAUAUAUGAGACUUUCGGAUUAUAUAAGAAAUAUCAUCAAAAAUCUGGGAAACCAUUUGGAGUGGAACAUCAAGACAAUAUUGAGAAUGGCUAAGAGAAACUAAUAGUGUUAGGUGGAUGAAUGUAAAG